ACAACAUAAGCGCGCGCCCGGUCCAAGGACAUAUACAUAUAUCCUGGCUCCUGGCUUCUGGCUCCUGUUUCCAGUCGCCACUCCACUCCACUCCGCUCCUCCUCAUCAUCCGUCGCCUCCAUCGAAAUGGCAAUGCUUAAUGAGGCCAGCUUGAGUCCUGCGGACGCACAUGCUCAUGCCAGUGCCACCACGCCCACCUCGCACAGCAAGGCGGCUGCGAUGGCCAGUGCCAGCACCAUGCUGACCACAAAAACGCCGUUCUCCAUCGAGCAUAUAUUGUUUCAAAAUUUAAAUAGUGCCAGCCAUAAUAAUAGUCACAAUAAUAAUAACAGUAACAACAGCAUCACCGCCAACAGUAAUGGUUAUGUGCAAAAGAGUAGCAAAAGUUCGAUGAAAAGUGCCAGGAGCAGCUUUGCCCACGACAAUAAUCCACAGAAACAUCCGUCGCAACAUUCGCAUCCGCCGCAGUCACAUCCGUCGGCAUCCGCAUCCGCAUCCGCGACUGCAACGACGCGCGGCAAUCAGGCAGCGUCGGGAUAUGGCAGCGAGGAUUACGCCAAGUCCUUGCACAACACCCAACGGUCUAACCAUCAUUCGCGUCCCGGAGCUUCCCACUACAGCGGAGAUCAGACUUCUCAGCAAUUGGGAUCUGCGGCAGGACAGCAUCCCCCGGUACCGACGCCUCAGCCACAACCUCCGCCGCCCCUGAGUGGAGGAUCUGGUGGAUCCAACGGAGUGUUAUACCCAAAUGCCCCGUACACCGAUCACGGCUUUCUUCAAAUGACCCUCGGCUAUCUGUCCCCAUCGUCGGGGACUUACAAGUCCGUGGAUCCCUAUUUUCUAUCACAAGCCAGCCUUUUUGGGGGAGCGCCCUUCUUCGGAGCGCCAGGAUGUGUGCCGGAAUUGGCCCUCGGACUGGGAAUGGGUGUGAACGCCCUGCGCCACUGCCGACGGAGGAAGGCCCGCACAGUGUUCAGUGAUCCGCAGCUGUCCGGUCUGGAAAAGCGGUUCGAGGGACAGCGAUAUCUUUCGACGCCGGAGCGCGUGGAACUGGCCACCGCCUUGGGACUCAGCGAGACCCAGGUGAAGACCUGGUUCCAGAACCGCCGCAUGAAGCACAAAAAGCAGCUGCGUCGACGCGACAAUGCCAAUGAGCCCGUUGACUUCUCACGCAGCGAACUGGGAAAACAGCCGGGCGAGGCCACCUCCUCCUCCGGAGAUUCGAAGCACGCCAAACUGAGUCCCGGAUCCGGCGGCACGCCCACUCAGCCCACAAGUGAGCAGCAGCAGCUGCAGAUGUGCCUCAUGCAGCAGGGAUACUCCACGGAUGACUACUCCGACCUGGAGGCGGAUAGUGGCGACGAGGACAACUCCAGCGACGUGGACAUCGUCGGCGAUGCGAAACUCUACCAGUUAACAUAGAUAGUUCGAUCGGGACAAGAACCUGAAUCUUAAAUUAGUAAAGUUUUUGGUAAUUUAGUUGGGGAAAUACAACAUGUAAGUAAUUGGUUUAAU